AUUCGAAGAGAAGAAGAAGAAGAUGGAGAGCGCAUCAGAAAUGGUGCCAUUUCCACUGCUGAUGACGCCGAUCGAAUCCAACUACAGAGCCUGCACCAUUCCCUACAGAUUCCCCUCCGACAACCCCCGCAAGCCCACGCCGACUGAGCUCUCCUGGAUCGACCUCUUCUACAACUCCACCCCCUCCUUCAAGAAACGAGCUGAGUCCGACGCUUCGGUCCCUGAUGCUACGGCCAGAGCUGAGAAAUUUGCUCAAAGGUACACUGAAAUACUUGAGGACUUGAAGAAGGAUCCUGAAAGUCACGGCGGCCCGCCGGAUUGCAUUCUUCUUUGCAGACUUCGUGAGCAAGUUCUUAGGGAAUUGGGAUUCCAAGACAUAUUCAAGAAAGUCAAGGAUGAAGAGAAUGCCAAGGCCAUAUCCCUGUUUGAGAAUGUAGUGGAUCUUAAUGAUGCUAUUGAAGAUGAAGUCAAGCGGGUAGAGAAUCUGGUUAGAGGAAUAUUUGCCGGAAACAUAUUCGAUCUUGGUUCUGCACAGCUUGCAGAAGUUUUCUCAAAGGAUGGGAUGUCCUUUUUAGCUAGUUGUCAAAACCUUGUCCCUCGACCUUGGGUUAUCGAUGACUUGGACUCCUUCAAAUUAAAAUGGACCAAGAAAUCUUGGAAAAAGGCUGUUAUAUUUGUCGACAAUUCUGGUGCUGAUAUUAUUUUGGGUAUUUUACCAUUUGCAAGAGAAUUACUCCGGCGUGGGACACAGGUUGUGUUGGCAGCUAAUGACUUGCCUUCUAUCAAUGAUGUAACUUACACUGAACUGAUUGAGAUUAUAUCAAAGUUGAAGGACAAGAACGGAACGCUCAAAGGUGUUGAUACUUCAAAGCUUCUGAUUGCUAAUUCAGGCAAUGAUUUGCCAGUUAUUGAUCUUUCAAGAGUGCCACAAGAGCUAGCCUACUUGGCAAGUGAUGCAGACCUUGUUAUUUUGGAAGGAAUGGGUCGUGGGAUAGAGACAAAUCUUUAUGCGCAAUUUAAGUGUGAUUCCCUAAAGAUUGGGAUGGUGAAACAUUCGGAGGUCGCCCAGUUUCUAGGAGGAAGGCUUUAUGAUUGCGUAUUCAAAUACAACGAAGUUUUGUUGAGUUGAUUAUGUUGAUUGUUGUUGUCUGUGCUCGUAACCAAAUUUAUUCCAAGUCAUUCAGUACAUGAAGUAAUAGGUCUUAGCUACUGCAAGAGCUUAUAUGUUUGAACUUUAAAAGUCAGCCCUCCUGUUGAAUAACCCUAGCGACUAUUAGGCGUGGUUACGAUUAUUCUCCCAUACAUGGUAUUGUGUCCAGGUGACACAAAAUCAACCUCUGUACUGUAGUUUCAAUAUGAAAUAAGAAAUUUCUGUUCUUAUUCA